CACUUGUUAAAGGAGAAUAUCAUCAUUGCUAUACUAAGAUAACUUUAUCGAAGAAAUUCUUAUUAGAAAAUAAUAUGAAUUUAGAUGAAGUAUCUGAAGAACUCCAAGAACUUAUAGAAAUUGAAGAGAUGCUAAUUGCACAG